AAUUUAUCAGAAAUGGAAGAAAAUAAAACAAACGAGCAGAGCGAGUUAUUCCACAUUGAUAAAACUUCAAAUAAGGAUUCUCUGAAAGUAGCAAGUCGAAUUGAGAACAGAACAAAUCAAUUUUUAAACAACAAAGAUGCUGAUGGUCUUGGAAUUAACAGAAGUGAGCACAAUGAAGCGAGCAGGAAAGAGAUCAAGAACAACAAGUUCGCAAAGAACAGAAAUUAUGAAGUCAAUGAUGAAUCUGACAUAACUAAUACCAAAGGCACUCCUGCUGAGAAGAUUGAGCACACUAUUAAUCAAGCACAAUCAUUGUGGGAAGAAGAAAUGGACAUUAUGGACUAUUAUGAAAUCUUGAAGAAUAUCAAGUUUGAGCUCCCUGAUUUCCCACUUCUUCAAGAACUGAUAAAUUCUGACAAAGAUCACAACAUUUUAUUAGCAGUAGUUGGGCUGAGGAAAUUGCUAUCAAUUGUUGACAAUCCUCCGAUCCAGAAUGUAAUAGACACGGACGUGUUGUCUCAGCUAAUUACUUUGGUUGGUAGGAAUGAUAUUCCUAAAAUCCAAUUCGAAGCUUUGUGGGGUCUUACAAAUAUUGCUAGUGGUAAAGCUGAGCAUGUACAGGCUCUCAUUGACAAAGGCACUAUUCCCAUCUUUACCAACUUGCUUGGAACCAUUCAGAAGAAUGAAUUAGGAGAAGAGAUAUUCCACUGUCCUCACCCAAUGAAUAUUGUUGAGCAGAGUAUCUGGGCUUUAGGAAAUAUUGCUGGUGAAGAUACUUACUACAAAGCGAUGAUUCUUAAAGAAGGAGCUCUGAAGCCACUCGUGAAUAUUCUCAAGAAUGCAGAACCAAACUCGAUGAUGACGAGGAAUUGUAUGUGGUGCAUCACUAACUUGUUGAGAAACAAGCCUUUUCCAACAAUUGAAGAGCUUGUAUAUAUCAUCCCAAUCAUCAGUGAGUGGUUGAAAAGUAACGAGAAAGAAGAUAUUGUUAGUGAUUGUGUAUGGGCUAUUUCCUAUAUCUCAGAUGCCGGAGAGCAGAUAAUUAAUAAGAUGAUCGAGUUUGGAAUUAUGAGAACAAUUAUCCUUCACCUUAAUUCUUGCAAUGCUAAGAUAAUUGUUCCAUUAGUGAGAACACUUGUCAACUUCAUGACAGGAGACGAUAAAGAGAAUCAGGCUGUCAUUGGUGCUCAGGUGUUGCCUCGUCUCCAUGCUCUGCUAUCUCAUCCAGAUAAAGUAAUUGUAAAGAAAACUUGUUGGACAUUAUCUAACAUUUGUGCUGGAACAAUCAGCCAGAUUUCAUGAUUGAUAGAACUAGGAGUCAUUGACAAGAUGAUUGACCUUUGCCAUGAUGAUGACCAUACCAUUCAGAGAGAAGCUGGCCGGGCCAUUUCUAACGCAACUACUUUGAGAGAUCCCGACAUCGUUUCAGAAAUUGUAAAGAGAAAAGGAAUCGAAGCUUUGUGUUAUUUAUUAAAAAAUAAAACUGAUAUGCCAACUACAUUUGUUCUUCUAGAAGGAAUCAGAAAUUGCCUUGAUGUUGGCCAACAGAGUUUGACCAAUGAGGAAGGAGAGAACCAAUUUGCUUUAAUUGUGGAGAAUUGUGGAGGCCUAGAUACGAUUGAGAGCUUUUAUACUCACGAAGAUAGUAAACUUUACAAACUCUCAGAAGAGAUUAUUGAUUCAUACUUCCUAACAGAAGUUAAUCUUGACGGAGAAGAAGAUAUGAUUCAGCAUUUCUAAAUUUAUUAUUAACUAGAUAUUAAUGAAAGCAUAGAACGCCCAUAUCAAUUUAACAUUUC